AUGGAUGGAAAUGGGAAGAAGCGAAAUCCGGAGGGGAAAUUCGGCCUCGUCCGCUUGUUACCUUCCAACCCAUCACCCUCUUCGAUCGCACAUAUCCCCCUUUCCCCGACCCAAUUCCGUCGCCGUCGCCGUCAACGACCUCAAACACCCUUUGCUUAUCGUCGACAUCGUGCCCAACGUCGUCGACGACAUUCUGCUCCACUUUUUUCCGCCGUCGUUGGCCCCAAUUUGGCCCUGUACGCGUCGCGCAUUCCGUACACCGCGCCCAUCGUUCAUCCCAUCGCCGCCCACUGUAUUCAUAUCUAUCUUGCGUCACCUCAUCUUGUCCUUCAUUUCCCCCCCUUGCUGCCCAUUUUUGUCACAUCCCAUUAUCUGCCCAUCCUGGCGUCUUCGACCCCCCUUCUACCCACCUCUGCUCACCAAGCGGACGAGGACUUUAUCAACAAGUCCCUCCUAGAUUCACUUGACGCUCAGGCAGACGCUGAGCCCAUUGCGUCGUCUGACUCGGACCACGCUGCAGGGCCUUCCUACGGUUCUGCCUCUAACACAUCCUCAGAAGGCUCAUCAUCUGUUCCCUAUCACAUGCAUAUCCAAUCCCAGCAGUCCAUCGUAUCUCGUUCAGACUCGCCGCCCGACAACGUAGCCAUAUACACUCCCAACUCUGACUAUCCCGUCGACAUCGAUCCCCAGAAGCAGCUCGCAUCAAAAAUCAACGACCCCCCUCCUUCCUUCAGAUCACCCUUCAGCAGUUUUACCAGCGCUGCUCGCUCUCGGCACCACAACGCGCCUUCCAUGCUCGCCUCUCCCACCUCGUAUCGUGACCCAUCGACUUUUUACCCAUCUGCUGCGGACAUGUAUCCUCAACAAAUAACGUCGCCCACCCAUGUCCACAUGCAAGCGUUCGAGCCCCGGGGUAGUUUUGACUUUUCUGGCACCCAGACGAUAAACAGUGUGCCCAAGGCGUCUUUCAAUGUUGUUGACCAUCAGUUUACCAACGGGCAUUCUUCUCUUCUUCCCCCGCACAAAUCCCAACCGCAUAAUCAACAGUCGCAGCUUAAUGGCUACGGCAGUCAGUACAUGAACGGCAUUCAUUUGUCGUCACAAACGCCAUAUGGUCCUCACAUUCCAUCUGGUCCGGCUACAUCCUUAGUCAACGGAAACGUUGUCGGUGGUGCGGGUGGAUCUGCAGUUCUAUCAGGCGCCGGUAACAUGCUCAUCAACAGCUCCGGUGCACCCUCUGGUCCGGUCCAGCAGCAAGAGGACAUUUCCACUAUCUUCGUUGUUGGUUUCCCCGAUGAUAUGCAGGAGCGAGAGUUCCAAAAUAUGUUUACUUUCUCUCCCGGGUUUGAGGCUGCCACUCUCAAAAUUCCCAACAAAGAGUAUACGUCAUAUGGCGGCAUUAACGGGGUCGGCUCAGCGGUUACCGUUAAUCAGGGCGGUGUCGUUGUCGAUGGCGGGCGUGACGGCAUGUCCUCUUGGCCUGCACCCUCCGUCGAUGACAGUGGUAGCGGUCAGUUCAUGACUGGUGCCGGCCUCAGCAUGCCACCCCGGAAGCAAAUCAUUGGCUUUGCGAAGUUCAGGACUCGGGAAGAGGCACUGUCUGCCCGAGAUCUGCUACAGGGUCGAAGAGUUGACAUCGAGAAGGGCGCUGUCUUGAAAGCUGAGAUGGCAAAGAAGAACCUGCACACGAAGAGAGGAGUAGGCCCCAUUCCCAGUGGCUUAGGAGGUGCCAGCGCUUCUGCCAAUGCUAUCGGUCAAGGAAUGAUUGGUGUUGGUGCACCUGGCAUGAACGGUCUUCAGACAUCGCUGAUCAACGGCGCCAGUGCCGGGCUCCUUGGAGGCGUUGGCUCCAAUGAUAUGUAUGGUAUCGGAGCCGAAGCUCUUAGUGUCAGAGAACGAGAGUAUCCUGGUGGCCCUCUCAGGUCGCAAUGGCGAGAUCAUGUUACAGACAUGAACGGUGUCAUUCGAGACGGCAGAGAUGAUGAAGAACGCAAGCGGGAGAGAGAGGUAGCUGCCCUCAAUGCCAUGGGUCUUGGUCCCACGCACCGUAGCGGCCCAGAGCGAGACGAUGAUGCCAGAGAAUGGAAGAGACGCGAGAAGGAGAUGCGACUGAGAACCGGAAAUGUGACUGCUUAUGAUGCUUUCCACUCAGUGCCCCCUGGAAUUUCACGACAGUCGUCCACCAAUACAGGCCUGUUAUCCUCUGGAGAGCUACCCGCCGGCGCGACAGGCGGUCCGAGUCCCGUCGCCAGUGGAAACGGUUACCAAAUGAUGUCUCUUGCUGCUCUUCAAUCCUUCCAACAACCGGAUGACGUUUCUAUUGGACCGUGGGAUAACAUCCGAAGGACUGGUAGCUCUGCUAUUCCAAUCAGACCACCUUCGUCAUCCCAGCGGUCAUCCUCGCCUACAGAUCCCGCCUCUGUGUCGGGCUCUUCGGUCCCAUUUUCCGAAGGUCCUCGUCCAUAUUCGCCGUCUCGCGAAGCUUUUGUUGCCUCAUAUCGUCAUGAUCCCACUGAGCCACGAUCCCAAACGGAUUCUCGCUCUUCGAGCACGAAUGGUGGGUCGCAGAGUGGCAGAAGCUCGGGUAAUGCUACUACAGAUGAGGAUAUGUCGCGAGCAGUUGGAAACCUAGAUGUGGGUACGCAUCAAGGAAAUACUUCUCCGCAGUUGCCAUCCCCUGCAUCAGGGGCUAGUUCUGGUGGUAGUACAAGAAAUGGCGUAGAUCAGAACCCUCCUAUCAAUACGUUGUAUGUUGGCAAUUUACCGAUAUCACCUCUGCCGCUCGGUUGCCCUCCUGAUGCGCUGGAGGAAUCUUUACGAGAGCUGUUCUCGUCACAGCCUGGGUACCGGCGAUUGUCAUUUAAACAAAAGAACUCCGGGCCCAUGUGUUUCGUGGAGUUUGAAGAUGUUAAUCACGCAGCGAAGGCACUAAACGAACUGUAUGGCCACCCUCUGGGAGGUUUGGUCAAAGGUGGGGGGAUUCGAUUGUCGUACAGCAAGAAUCCUCUUGGUGUUCGUACGCCUACUAGUGCCACUGGUGGUGGGUCUAUGCUACAGCAGCAGCAACAAUCGCAACCCUAUUCGGGAGGGGCGUAUAACUGCCAGGGUGACGAACGGCCGAGCGUUUCCAAGCGGGAUACGGUCUUAUCGCCCCCACCCCAUCACUCACAUGGUUACCUCGCGUCACCUCCUCCCCCGCGAUUCUUCUCGAGCUCGCCUUCGUCGAUGGCAUUUGGUGGAUCAGCGUCGUCACGCGCUGGUACGUACGGGUAUGCCUUGACGUCUUCCACCACCUCAGGGAGUUCAGCCUUCUCGCCUUUUGGCGUGUCUCCUUCUAUGCAUAAUAUACCCGAUCACAGUCUUCCUGAUCAGCAGCAAGACCAUCAUUCUCAUCAUUUCAUUCCACGAGCAUUGUCACCCGGUGUCCAUAGCAUAGAACCCGCCCGAGCAGUAUAA